AAGUCCCCUCUGAUAACGUUUCUCCCUCUUAAAUUGAUACGUAACUUGAAAUUCACGAUGACUAGAAAUUUCCCGUGAAAACAGGAAGCUUUGUGUUAACAAUAGAUGUUUCCAGGAGAAUCUUCAUUAUUUCAUCGUGCGUAUCGAUUACACAGAAAAUCCAAUUUAUUCCGUCUACUAAUCAAUUUGUUAGUGUUUAUUAACUCUACCGUGCGUCACUUGUUAUUGCGGUAAUAUGUUAUGACUACCGUGAGUAGUAAUACCGAUAAAACGUCACGAGUGUUCCUAAUAUUUCUAUUAAACCUUUGAUCGUAAAUCGACGAAUUGUGUCACGAUUCAUGCAUUCCGUGACUCGAAUGAUUCGGAUGGUUAAAAGUUUUCUGUAAAAGUACCGAGAGAUCGGGAAACCAUUACGCCAGGGGUACCAGGCCGCAGAUGACCUCCCUCCCCCGGAAGAAUAAUGAAUCGGAAGAAAUAUUUUCCUUCCUUCGUGCACGAAACAAUCCUCCUACGGGCCAUGCAAACUUUCUACUUAAAUAAUUGGAAGUAAAGAACCGGAAGUUUGGUUGAAAUAUCAUACCAUCCUUUCUUUUAUUAAGAAUAUCGUUCAACUUUUUAUAUUCGCAAAUUCAACGCGACAAUUCCUCGUUAGCGUAAAAGCUCGCCUCUCGUAAAUUACAUCGCGUACGAUGUUAACGGGCGUCGUUAUAAUCAACGAAACGGAGUUUACGAGGCUUCAGUGAAAAUAACGGUGGUAUCCGAUCCGAAGCGAACAACCCCCUUUAGGGAUCCAUGGAUCGUGGCCAGGCCCAUGGAGUUCGCGUGGACACGCGAUCGCGAGGAACGGUCGAGACGCCGACGCCGUAGGGGUACGACGACGCCGGCGCCUUCAGUGAAAGCUAGACGCCGAGUUAGUCCGGUUCGAACGCGGUCGAACCCUCGUUGUCUGUCCCCAGGCCCUGAAGAAACUGCAUCGCCGCCGACCCAUCAUCCAUCAUCGUACUCCAUUCUCCACAAAUCAUCGAUAAUUCUUGUCGUUUUUCUUACGAUAAAUCCUUCGAGAUGUCACGGCCAUUGUCUAAGGGUUUCUCACAAUUUUCGGCGAAAGGACAGAUGGAAAGGCGGCGAGCACCGUUUCUCAGAGGCCCCAAUAAAAUGAGAGAGGGAGACAGAAACAGAGGUACUAAAAUGGACUCUACUGGCAGUAUAACAGGUGGCACAGAAGACCGUGUAAGUGAUGAAGAUCUCUCACCUGAUGUAUUGGUCAGACAAAAUUAUGAACUACGCCAUAGACUUGAAGAAGAAACAACAAACUAUAAAAGACGUUUGGAUACAUAUCGCCAAGCACAGCAACACCAGGCUGCUCUUGUUUCCCGUUUACAAGCUAAAGUUUUACAGUAUAAGCAAAGAUGUUCAGAACUUGAAAAUCAAAUGGCUGAAUCUGUUACAUAUGACACUAACAAAAUUUCAAGCUCUAUACCCCCUGCAAACUCUGCUCUAGAUGCAGCUCAACAGACACUGAGGGAAAUACGUGAAGAACAAAUUCAUGAUUUAGAUACUGCUUUAAGAAAACUUGCAGAUGAACGUAGAAGGUGUGAAAAAUUAUUACAAUUAAACACAACUUUGAAGGAUCAAUUAGAAGAAUCUCAUCAUACAAAUGAAGCACUUACAAAUGACCUGCAGAAACUAAGUAACGAUUGGGAUAUUCUGAGAGAAGAAUUGGCUGUAAAAGAAGAAGAAUGGAGAGAAGAGGAACAGGCUUUUAACGAAUAUUAUACUUCUGAGCACAACAGGCUAUUAAAUCUUUGGCGCGAUGUUGUUUCCGUAAAACGAUUAUUUGCAGAGAUAAAAUCUAAUACAGAAAGAGAUCUAUUGAAGAUGAAAAACAGUAUCAUUUCAACCUUUAACGAAGUUUCAUCGGCUUGUAACAAUACAGGAUUCGCUAUGCGAAUGCAUGCGGCUAUGCAACCAGUGAUAUCGCAGCACAUUCAACAAGCACAAGAGCAGGAGGUAAAUGAAUUAAAAACAGAAUUAACAGCAGUUAAGCAGCGAUACGAUGUUGCUCAAAACGAGAUUCGCGCAAAAGAAGAAAGAAUUAAUCAACUUGUUCGCGACGUUCAUAAUUUGGAAGAAAAGUUUGGGGAGGCAGAAGCAGAAAUGCAUCGCAACGUGCGCAUACAAGACGACAUAGAAAUUCUUCAAUCUGCGUUAAAAGAUAUAGCGCAUAUUGUGAUCCAAGAUGCAGAAAGUCAGGAUAUUGAAAAUACUCAACCGCCUCCUCAUCUUCAUUUAUCCCCCACUGGGCCAAUCCCUCAAAAAUCACCGAAAAGAGGUACAAGAAGCAACACCAUUCCAGCUUUUGCUGAAAGUACUAUCAGUGCUGUACAAUCAGCUCUACACAAAUAUCAGUUAACUAUACACGAGCUUCAGGUUAAAUUGCAAACGAACAAAGAGCAAUUGCUAACGAGUCGCAAACAGUGUGAGAACGCGGAAGAGAAUGUUAAAAGUUUAGAGAAAAAAGUAGAGGAAUUGGUCACUGAAUUGGACGCGACGAGAUCACAAUGUUCGCAGCUUGUUCAAGAGAAAGACAUGUUACAGAAAGGUCUUGAUAUUGUAAGAUUAGAGAAAAAUGCACUGGAUAAAAGUAGAGUGGAAAUUAACAGCAUGAUGGAGAACUUAAACAGCGAUUGUGAGAAGUUACAAAAAGCUAACAACAGAUUGCAAAAGCUAUGUGAUAAUCUGGAAGAUGAAAAAUUAUAUCUUCAAAAUGAAGUCAAUAGAUUAUCCAAGGACAUCGAAUUAAGAGAAUUAAAUCUUCGAUCGGAAGAAGACAGAUGCAGCAAAAUGAGGGAAGAAUUAUUAACUUUACGCGAAGAAUUGAAUAAAGCAUAUCUUGCGAAAGAUAUGCUCGAGCAGCAAAAAUUAGAAACUGAUGGAUUAAUUUCUCAAAUUGAAAAAAAUAAGGGCGACUUGGAAUUGGAAUUGGAACGAGUAUUGUUAGAAAAAUCAGAUAUGCAAGAAGUUUUAAUGAAAUUAGAGACUGUCUGCAGCAACCACGAGCAAGAAAAGCAACGACUGGAAGAAGAACUAAAAAAAGUAACAGAAGAAAAAAAUAAAUUGGCAAGUCAAUGCACUGAUCAGCAAGGUGAUUUGGGUUCGUUGAGAAAAGAAUUACUUCAAGCAGAACAAACUAGGCUCGAUUUAGAAUCAGAAAAAGUAACAUUGAACGAGAAAGUGAAGUUCCUGGAAAUUGAAAAAGAAAAGAUCGAAAUGGAAUUAGCACAAGUUACGCGCGAGCGUGGGGAUUUGAGUAAUCAAUUAUCAGUUUUAGCACGAAAGAAGGAAACAUUGAACGAGGAAUUAAUGAGACUUAGGCAAAGAUUAGAACAGGCGAAUGAAAUGAACGGAAGAAUCAAUCGAAAUUUGGAAGAUCUUGUAAAAGACAACGAAGAGAAACAAGUACUUUUAGAAACUAAUGAAAAAGAAGUUCAGAGAUUACAGGAACAGCUUGCAUCAAUGCGUAGCGAAAAAGAAACCUUGGAAGGUGUCUUAUUCGACACGCAAAGCAAUUUAGAAAAUAUGCACGUGAAGAAAACACAAUUAGAAAAAGAACAGAAGGAAUUGUUGAUAAAACAAGAAAAUUUGAAAGGUCAAGUGGAAAGGCUGGUGAAGGAGUUAGAAAACAGUGAAAAACGGGCACAGGAAGUAAAACAAGCUUUAACCCAACAAAGUGGCGAUCAAGAAGCUGAAUUUCAUCAAAUCAUUUCUAACAUGAAGAAGCAUAGCGAAGAGAGUAUUAAAAAAUUGAACGAAGAAAAAGAACAGAUAAAAAUGGGUUUGGAAAAGCGACUUCAACAAUCUCUGUUACAGCUUGGAGAAGAGAAAGAUAAUGAGAUAAAUCAGCUGCACCAAAAGAUUGAUGAAAUGCAACAGCAUAUGGAAAAUCUGUGCCAGCAACAUGAAGAGGUUCUUCUUAGAGCAGAAAAUGAUAAACAGCAAGCUCUUCUUAUAGCUCAUCACGAUCAACAAGCGUUAGUGGAAAAACUUGAAGGAGUAUUGCGUGAAAUGGAAGAGGAAAAAAGUAACGUAGAACGAGUUAAAAGGGAAGCCGCAUCGCGUGCUGAACAAGAGCGUAACAAUACAAAUCAGUUGCGCGACGAAUUGAGUCGUCUUAAAACAAAAUUAGACGAAGCCAAGUUAAAAGCCGAUGAAGAGAAGAUCAAACUCGAGUUAAAAGUUGAAGAGUUAUGGAAAGAACGAGAAUCAGCGCAAAGGGAAUCCGAAGAGUUGCAAGUUCAAUUGCACAUGACUGAAGACAGAGUUGAUAGUUUGCAAAAUCAAUUACAGGAAACGAUUAGAAAGCUUAAAGAUGCUGAAAAUCUAAAUGAAACUUUACGGAAAGAAUUAAUGGAUGUCAGAAGACAAUUGGGUGAUUCCACGUAUGAGAAAGAAAAAUACAACAGCAGUAACAAAGAGCUACGCGAACAUGUGAAACGUAUUGAGAGUGAGAAAAGAGAACAGAACAGAACGUUGGAAGAAGCUUAUCAAAAGAUUGCAGCAUUGGAAGAUACGAAAGUAAAUAUAGAUGCGGAGAGAUCUCGCCUUCAAACACAGCUUCGCGACGUGGAAAGAGAAAUGUUACAACUUCAGAAACAGCUUCGUUUUACCCAGGAUGAAUUACAAAAAUCUCAUAACAGUAACGCACAAGCGCAGAAUGAUGAAAAGGAAUUGCAUGCUCGACUGACGAACGAAACCGAAGAGAGGGAACGUUUGCAACUCCAGUUGCAUCAAUUGAAGAAGCAAUUAGUAGACGUGGAUAAUAGUUUGAAAGUAACCAGACAAGAACUGGGAAGAUUACGUUCACGUUCUGACGAAGAGAAUGAAAGGUGGAGAACCAGGGAACAAGAGCUGGUGGUUCGACUCGAGGACAGUCGAUGUCGCGAAAGAAAAUUGGAGGAUCAAAAGCACAAUCUGGAGGUUUGUCUGGCUGAUGCUUCUCAACAAAUUCAAGAACUCAAAGCACGUCUUGGAGGAUCCGAGGGACGGGUUCGAGCUUUAGAUGCACAGUUAUCGCAAUUAGAAAUGGCGAAGAAGGAGGUGGAGCAAAAAUUGAGUAGCGUUGGCUCUACUUUACGUCGUAUCGCGGGUAUUCAAAUGGAUGGUAGCGUUAAUAUACCUUUUAAAGUAAUGAGCCCUUCGAGAAGAUGGAGUCCAGCGAGGGUGCAAGAUCAUAUUGACUCUAGUAGAGAUAUGAUACUUGACGUUGAUCCAGAAGUUAUCAGAAAGGGUGUACGUUCUCUAAUGCAACAAGUAGCUCAAAUUGAACGUGAAAGGGAUGACUACAAAACAGAAUUGUGUAAUUUGCAAAAGCAAUUGGCAGAGACUCAGGAAGUACAAAACAGAUCAGAUGCUCAAAUAAAUCAUUUACUAACGAACAUAAGAAUGUUGCAAGAUGAAAAGAACUCGUUGGAAGUGAAACUUUCGCAGAAACAGAGCGGUUACGAAAUGCAGUUAAACGCUUUGCAACAAAAAACGGAGGAGUGUGAACAGUUGCGUGAAAAAAUGACGAAUCUUGAAUUGAUGAUUAACAGUAGUUCUGAAGAAAAGUCACAAUAUGAGGACAAGCUGGACAAACUGAAGCAAGCCUUGAAUAAAGUAGAAAAUGAAAAACGUAAUCUACAAGAGGAGCUGAGUAGAAGUGAAUCCCGCGCUACAAAGUUAGAAUUGCAAAGGAUGUCGUUAGAAGGUGAUCUUCAAAGAUUGCAAAUGAUGUACCAAGAAAAGGAAGCAAAUAUUCAGAAGCUGCAAGAACGCAAUGACAUUCAAAAUCGAGCCAUGGCAAGUUUAGAAGAACGUUGUGCUUCGUUGAAGUCUACAACAGAACAGCUAAAUCUUGCGCUGGAGAAAGCAUCUAAUACGGAGAGCGAAUUGAAAACUGAAAUUAAUUCAUUGCAACACCAUGUUAUGGAAUUAACAGCUUCCUUACAGACUUCUAAUGAAAAGACCAAACAGUUACAGAAACAACUUUCGAAUGCUGAAAACGAACGCAGAGUUCUAUCAGAACGCGCGGAAUCUCUGCAACAGUCUUUAAGCGAUUUAAAACAUACAAACCAAACGUUAACAGAUCAAAUCACUCGUCUGCAGAAUGAAUUGGCGAAUAACGAAGUACAACGCUGUGCCUUAGAAUCUCAGUUGAGACUAGUUACUUAUCCACAAGAAGAAAGUACGAACAGAGAUGAAGAAUUGUUGAGACAGUUGCAAACAGCUCAGAGGGAGAGAAGUGAGAUAAGAGGAAAAGCAGAAGCUCUAAAUGAGAAGGUGAAAUUAUUGGAAGCUGAUAAACGUAACUUAGAACGUCAGUUAUCUUUGUAUAAAUCAACCAGUCGUAGUAAAAGUUACGAACGUCCUGAAAAAGCACACGCAGAAUUGCUGGGUACAAGUUUUGAUUUUGAUCACUUCGAACAAGAGAACAGAGAAUUGAGAUUAAAAGUGCGCAGAUUGGAGACUCAACUUGCAGAAAAGGAAGCUGAACUUAUAAGAGUGAAAUCGAGUUACGUUCACACGCAUUCGAUAUACGAUUACAGCCGAGACAGAAUGGGAGAAAUAGAAAGACUUAGAGCGGCUCAAUUGCAAGCAGAAAAAUUGUUGGAGGCAAGGGAGCAAAGCCAUCGUCAACAGGUGUUACGUCUGGAAAAUCAGAUACAAUUGUUACGCGAACAACUGAACCAAGAAAUAAAACGUCGACAAUUGUACGUGCUGAGAAGUUCAAGAGCUGGUCGUGAAAUGCAACAAUUGAGACAAGCUUUGGGUGACUCUUUGAGAACAGUGUCGCAAGAUCCAUCAUUAGAUGCAGUAUUGUUAGAACACGAAGCUAGAAAAUUGGAUUCCACACUAACAAGUACUACCAGUUUACCCCCGUCAUUAGCUGUACCUCCAUCAUCAUCUUACGAUAGAUCUUCCACGCCAGCACAGCUCAAAGUAAAAAUGUCGGACAGUAUAAAAGUAGCUGUUAAAGUAAGACCCUUAAUUAAACGGGAAAAGGAUGAUAAUCUGCCGAUACAAUGGACAGUUCAAGGGAAUUCUAUUAUUUCCACGGAUCCAGAAAUGAAAAAACGUGGCGAUGGAGGAUUUUGCUUUGAUCAUAUAUUUGAUAUGAACAUAUCUAAUUUAGAUGUAUUUAACGCUAUUGUAAAACCUAUUGUUAAUGCAGCAGUAAAUGGCUUCAAUGGAACAGUAUUUGCUUACGGUCAGACAAGUUCGGGUAAAACUUAUACCAUGAUGGGUACUCUGGAAGAACCUGGUAUUAUACCGCUUGCUAUUGAACACAUGUUUGAUGCCAUUGCUAAUAGUGCUGGACGUGAAUUUUUAUUAAGAGUAUCAUAUUUAGAAAUAUACAAUGAAAGAGUUAAUGAUCUUUUGAACAAAACUGGUAUUGAUUUAAAAUUAAAAGAAGAUGGAACUGGGCAAGUAGUUGUACAGUGUAAAGAGGAAAUCACAAAUAGUCCUGAAAAUGUGUUGGUCAUAAUGAAGAAGGGAGACAAAAAUAGAAGAAUAGGAGAGACUAAUAUGAAUGAGCGUAGCAGUAGAAGUCAUACCAUAUUUAGAAUUACAAUUGAAAGCAGAGAAGCUGGGGGAAGUUCAGAUGGUGCUAUCCAAGUAUCCCAACUGAAUUUAGUAGAUCUUGCUGGUUCUGAAAGAGCACGACAAACAGGAGCAACUGGUGAAAGAUUCAAAGAGGGGAGACACAUCAAUUUAUCUCUUUCCACAUUAGGUUUAGUAAUUAUGCAAUUAAGUGAAUCACAGGACGGUCAAAAGCACGUUAAUUUCCGCGAUAGUAAACUAACAAGAUUACUGCAGACUUCGUUGGGCGGCAAUGCUAUGACAGCUAUAAUUUGUGCCAUAACACCUGCCGCUUUGGAAGAGACUCAAUGUACUUUAUCUUUUGCAUCUCGUGCUAAAAGUGUAAAGAAUAAACCACAAGUUAACGAAGUUAUGUCCGACGCAGCACUUUUAAAACGAUAUGCAAAGCAGUUGGCUAAACUUCAAGCAGAAUUAGAGAAAAUAAAAACUGGACAUCGGUCUGCAGAAAUGGAAGAAAUGGAAUCAAAGUUACAAGAAAAGGAUCGUAUUAAUCAAUUGUUAGAAGAGCGUAUCGAAUUAUUAAAAACUCGCAUUGUUUCCGGGGAUAUUUCGGAUCCAGAAGAAUCAUUCAAGUGCAGAUCUAAAAGAAGACAGACAUGGGGUGGUCCUGCAAUGUUUAAUCAACAUUUACCUGCUUUUCAGCCUAAAACUGGUUUACCGACUAUAAAAGAAGUAUCGUUUGAAAAGCCGGAAAGAAAAAAUGUCCUUCAGUCUAUAGAGAUGAUGAAUCAAACAUUUCAAACAGAGUUUGCUGAUUUUGAAUUAGAAUUAUUUGAAAGUGAAAGAAAUCGAGAAUCUAAAGGGGAUGGUAGCGACAGCGAAGAAGUACCUUACAUCACAAAACGUAAACAUCGUGUUACAUUUAACGAUGAUAUACAUACGAUUAAGGAGAAGAAUAGUUUUGAUACAACACCAGAAAAGUGUAAUAUAUCAACUCAAACCGGUUUCCAUAUUUCCCCAUCUACGCCAAAGCAAACUUUACGUCAACGUAUCACUGAUUUGACCAAAGAAUUUGUGGAACUUCGCGAGUUUACAACACUAGAAAAACAAUUGAUGUGUCAAGAAAAUUGUUUUCUACGCGAAGAAGCACAAAUUCUUCCACUGGUACGAACUCGGUUGAAAUAUGACUUGGAAGAAAUUGAAGAAACAAAAGUAGCCACAGCCAGCUACGACACAGAAUGUAUUUCGGAAGUGAAGAAACGACUUACAGAUCUCAAUCUUGCUGAAGAAAAAGAUGUAAACCGUGUAAUUAUUGAACUGUGCGUUAAAUUAAACGAAGUUGAGAAGCAACAUUCUUUAGAAAUAGAUGAACAUCGUAAGAAAACGAAACAGUAUUCAGAAUUGAAGAAACAAAUUGAAAAUACUACCUCAGAGAGAAACGAAUUUGAAUAUAUCAGUCGUGAACUGCGCGCAGAACUGAAGAAAAAGACCGUGGAAUUAGAAUUGAAAAACAUGUCGGAGGAAAAUAUAAAGCAGCAAGAAAUGAACAAAAUUUCAGAGUUAGAGAAGAAGAUUGAAAGUAUCACUUUUGAAAAAAAUCAGUUUGAACGUAGUAAUGUUGAAUUAAGUGUUGAAUUAUCGAAGAAGACCACAGAAUUGCAAAAACAAAUUGAAGAUAUUACUUCUGAAAGAAAUGAAUUCGAGCACAUACGUCGCGAAUUGCGUAAGGAAUUGAAUAAAAAAUCUUUAGAAUUAGAAAGGCUGAGGAAUGAUUCAAUCGUUGCGAAUACAGAAACAUAUAGAAUUGUAGAAUUAGAAAAAGAAAUUGAAAGCAUCAGGUUUGAAAGAAAUAAAUUUGAACAUGCGAAUACAGAAUUGGAAUCUGCUGUUAACUCAGAACGAACUGAAAAACAAAAGGCAAUUGAAAAGGUUUCUGAGUUAGAAAAACAGAUUGAAGAAGUGGUUUCAAAUAAAAACCAAGCUGAAGAGAAAAUUACUGAUUUAGAAUCGAAACUUCUAUCAGAGCGAACUAUUAAUCAGGAAGUAACGAGCAAAAUUUCCGAAUUGGAAAAACAAAUGGAACGGGUUAUUUUCGAGAAAAAGGAGCUUGAACAGACUAACGCUGAUUUAAACAACAAUGUUUCUGAACUUAAGUCAGCAAUUGAAUUACAACAAACCGAACAUCAACAGGCGAUUGAGAAGAUUUCUAACUUAGAGAAAAAAGUUGAAACCACAAUAUCUGAGAAAAGUAAAGUCGAAUGCAUCAAUACUAAAUUACAGUCUGAACUUGAUCAAAAAAUUUCUGAACUUGAAACAGAAGCAAUAUCACAGCAACCUGGAAAUCAAAGAACAGUGGAACUAGAGAAACAAAUUGAAAAUUUAACAUUCCAGAACACAGAACAUGAACGUGUUAAUAAUGAAAUACGCGAUGAAUUGAAUCAGAAAAAUGCUGAAGUUGAAGACAAUAGAAUGUUACAAGAAAUAGAAAAUCGCAAAGCGAUUGAAAAAAUCGCUGAAUUUGAAGUACAAAUUGAAAGUAUAUCAUCUAGGAAUAAUGAAUUGGAACGUAUCGUUGCUGAGCUGAAUGCAAACAUAAUAUCAGAAAAAACUGAGAAUCAAAAAGCAAUGGAAACGAUCUCUGAAUUAAAUAAACAAAUUGAAAGCAUCACACUUGAAAGAAAUAAAUUGAAUAUCGAAUUAAAAGAGAGAAUUUCUGAAUUUAAUCAUGCUGCGUAUAAAUCAUUUGAAGAAUCAAGUAAAAAUAUUUCGGAAUUGGAAUCAAAAAGCGAAUAUGAUUAUAUAAGCGAAAAUAAUGAUCUGAAAAAUUGCGUAAAAAAUUUACAAGAAACUUUAACAAACGUACAAACAGAAAAUCAAGAUUUGAAAGAUCAAUUAACAAAUCAAUCUAUCUUGCAAAGUUCAAAAGUUAAUGAAAGCAAUGCAGACCUUUCAACUUUGAUUAUAAAUAUAGAAACAGAAAAGAGCGAAUUGGAAGAAGUUCUUCAAUUAAAAAGUCGGGAGUUGGAAGACAUAAAAAAUGAUGUUCGUGGGCUUAAAACAGACAUACAAAAUUUACAAGACACUAUUUAUUUGUUAACGACUGAAAAUAUGGAGAUGGCUAAUAAAUUAACCACUGAACAAGAGAAUGCAAAACAAACAGAGCUUAAUCUUCAGAAAACAAUCGAUGAACUUUACAUGCGGAUUUCUGAAGUUACAAACGAGAAAAUUAAUUUGGAAAGCGAUUUGGAAACUUUAAAAGAUCAGCUGGAAUCCAUACGUUCUAAGAUACCGGAAACAAGCAAUGAAGAUUCAUUGUUUGCAACGUAUCAAAUUAAAAUCGACAAAUUAACAGCAGAAAACAUUGAAUUAUCAACUUCCAUUGCAGAAAAAAAUAAGGAACUUGAGAGUAUCAAAGAAAGUAAGUCACUAUUGUUUGAUCACGAAUGUAUUUAUAAAGAAAGAAUGGCUAUUCUUGAAAAAAACAAUAAAUGUCUAGUAGCGGAAAAUAACGAGCUCUCGACUGAUUUAAUAGAUAAAAUAGAAGAAAACGACAAGUUGAAGGAAGAAUGCGAUAUAUUAAAAAGUAAAACAAAACAAUUGUUGACAAUAAAUGAAAAUUUUGCUGAAAAUGAAGUAGAACAGUUAAAGGUAGAAAAUAAUACAUUGUUAGCAGAAGUUGCAGAAUUAAAGACUAAAGUAACAAUACUGUCUGAUGAGAAUGCAAAGUUUUCAAAUAAUUUAUUAAAGACUCUAGAAGAUCUUGAUUCUUCCUGUAAUGAAAAAUCAUAUAAUAAUACCUUACACUUAUCAACGAUAUUUCAAAACAGUACAACAGAGAUUGGUGAAGAUCAGGAUGAAGAGAAUCCUGAGGUGUUGAAAAAUAAAGUUAUAAUGCUACAGAACAAGAUAGACCACGUAGUACGUUUAAAUAAAAAAUUAAGCGAUUUGAAAUUAACUUCUUGCAGUCAGUGCGCGCACUUAAGAAAUGUAAGUGAAAGUCGCCGAGCUCUUAAACUGGAAGCAAAAGUUCUGAAUCAAAAGCUGCAAGAUUUACAAAGAAAGUUUGAUCGUAAGUGCGCGGACACUGAGAUCCUGAAACAGAAAGUUAAUCAAGACCUAAAUGUGAGUGAAAUUAAUACUCCUUUAAAUGUUAGCUUUGUAAAUGAAAUGGAUAUUAGCUUUGUCGAAGGGAAAAUUCAGAGCUUAAAUGACGAACUGGAAACUUUAAAAACCGAUCAUGAGAAAUUAUCAAUUUUAUAUGAAGAUAAGUGUAAUGAAUUUAAAAAGCUUCAAGGCGGUAUGAUUGCAAAUACGACGAAUGCUACUGAUAACUUAACACUAAAGAAGGAUUCGAAUAAAGGCGAAAACAGAGUACGUCAAAUGCAGAAUUACAUUGAUCAGUUGAAGGAUGAUGUGGACGAGAUGAAGAAGAACAGCACAAAUUUUACUGUUAUGUUUAAUCAGUUUAAAGUUGAAAAAGCAGAACUGCUAGAUGAAAUUAAUAUGUUGAAAGAACUGAAUGAGGAGUUGCAACAAAAGGUGGCAAACAACGAAUGCAUAGCGAUAAAUAAGGUACAAAUUCUUGAAAAUGAUUUAGAGAACAUGAGCAAGGAAAUUGAACACUUUUCUAAGCGAGAAAAAGAAUUCGAAAGUCAAAGGCUGAUGUUAGAAGUAGCGCUAGAAAAUUUAAAAGUUGAAGAAGAAAAUAAAAAUGUACUAAUUACUCAAUUAAAUGAACGUAUUUUUUGUUUAAGCAGUGAAUUGGAUAAAAUGAGAAAUCAGAAAAAUGAAUUAAUUGAUACGAAUAUAAUUCAAGAUAAAGAAGAAGAAUUAGAAUGUCUGAAGAAACGAUGCGAAGGAUUGCAAAAAGAAAAUAUGCAAAGUAAGGAAUUGGAACAGUACAAUGCAUCAAAAAUCAAAGACAUGGAAGCGCAUAUAAAUAAUUUACAAACAGACAUAAUGAAUAAAGAAUCUUUAUUUGCAGAACUUCAGAAGAGAACGUUUUAUUUGGAACAGCUUUUGCAAGAAAAUGAACAAGCAAAACAUUUUCUUGCCGAAAAAUUACAAGCAGCUGAAACUGAAGUAAUUGAAUUCAAAAAUAAUCUAGAAAUGAAAUAUAAAAAUGAAUUUGAUUCAAUGUCACUGCAGUAUCAACAGUGUCUAGAAGAAUCUCAAAACAGUGUACAACAAUUAAAUGAUACGUUAAAUAAAUAUGUUGAUGAAAAUUUGAAGUUAACAGGAGAACUAAGUAGUUUACAAAGCAUUAAACAAAAGUACAAUGAAAUGAUGAAUGAAAAAGAACAAGUACUCAGUAGGAAAAAUAUAUUAGACAGUGAUUAUGAAAAACUGAAAAAAGAAUUAGAUGAUAUUAAAACAUGUAUGAUUAAAGAAUUAACAUCGCUCAAAUGUAACAUAAAUUCAACAGAUAUUUCAAGUAAAUCUAUAAACGAAAUCUUUAUAGUUUUGUUGCACGCGCUUGUAUCUAAAGAAAAAGAAGUAAUUAAAAAUAUACGUGAAACUUGUGAAAAAGAGAAACGGAAAUUAGAAGAUGAGAAACAGCAGUGUAUAGAUAUGGAGAAACGUACGACGAUAUGGGCUAAAGAAUUGGAAGCAGAAAUUGAGAAACUUCAUUCGGAUAUCAUGGAACGAGAACAUGCCCAGAAGGAGUACAAAAAUAAAGUUUCUCAGUUCGAACAUCUUUUGAAAGAGAGCACUCGUGAAAACGAGAUUCUUAAACAACAAGUCGAAACAUUAGAAGCGGACUUCAACAAUGUACAAACUGAAUUUAAUAAACAGUGUGGAAUUGAUAAUCAACAAGAAAGAGCGAUACUUGUUGCUCAAAAACGAGAAAAGGAAGUACAGAAAAUUUUUGAAUGUAAGGAAAUGGAGUUACAUUCGAAGAUGAAAACCGAGAAGGACAUGUAUGAAAAGAAAAUAAGCGAGCUACUGUACACCAUUGAAUCAUACAAAACAAAGAAUUUGGAAUUAAAUAGUAACAUCGAAGGACUAGAGGCUAAUGAAAAGCAGCUGAAGAAUAUUUUAGAAGCAAAUUCAAUUGAAAUGAAGAAGAAUAAUCAAAAUAUAGAUAACAUGAAUGCAGAACUCGAACAAUUUACACUGGCUUAUAAUAAAUUGACUGAGGAGAUGGAUCAAAAGAAUUCUCAUAUCGAAGAAAUCACUGGAAUCUUAAAAAGCAAAUGUGAUACUCUUUCUGAGUAUGAAGCCAGACUGGAAACACUUUUAUUAGAAUAUGAUAUGUUAAAAGAACAUGUUAAAGAUCAGACAUCAGUCAUUCAGCAACAUAAAGAAGAAAUAGAGAAAAUAAAAAAGGAGAGAGAAGAACAAUUGGAAAUUAUCAAAGGUAAAUUAAAUUCAGAGGAAAUAAAGAAUGCUGGAUUAACCAAGCAACUAAAUGAAUUGAACAAUAAAAAUAUCUCUUUGAUAGAGGAGCUAAACGACUUAAAAGAAAAGUAUGAAGAACUUCAAGAAGUAAAUGCAAAAUUAGAAAGAAAGAUUAGAAAUAGUACCAGUAAAAUUAAAGCACAGACAGAAAUAGAAGAAUUGAAAGAAUUAAAUAAAACAUUGCAGAAUAAUUUAGAAGGUGCGAGGAAUCGUGUGAUAGAACUUCAAGAAGCAAAGAGUCAGACUUUGAAGGAGUUAGUUGACCUGAAAGGUAAAUAUGAACUUACAUUGCAAGAAAAUGCAAAAAUAAAAACAACAUCAUCAUCAUAUAAGUCUAAAUACUCUACUUCAAGUUCAACAAUAGACGAAAGCAAGUAUGAUGCGCUUCUUUUAGAGAAAAAUAAAAUUGCAUUAGAAUUGGAAGGUAAUAAAUUAAUAUUAAAUCGAAAAGUUGAGGAACUUAAGAUAUCUGUAAGUCAAGUACAACAAUUAACUAAGGAAAAUAAAGAACUAGAUAAAGAGUUGGAUGAAUAUGCAGCAGUAAUUCAGGAAAAAAAUGCUGAAAUUUCAAAAUUAGAGACCGAAUUGUACGAGGUAGAACAGAAAUUGGAAGGAUGUAGGGAGGAAAAUAAAAAACUUCAAGGUCAAGUGGGAACAUCUAAAUUGACAUCACAAACAGAGAUGGAAAUGGAGAUCGAGACAGAGGAUGAGAUUAGUGUUAAUGCAUUGAAAGGAGAGAAUUUAGAAUUACAAGCCAAAGUAGAUAACUAUAAAAAAGAAUUAGACACACAAAAAUCAUUAUUACGCCAAAAAGAGAAGGAAUUUAUGGAAUACAUGCUUAAGAUACAAGAUUUAACAACAAGAAACAGAGAGCUCCAUAAUGAAUUGUAUAAAUGCGCAGUAGGUAUUCGUGAUCGUGAUGCUAUAAUUUCAAAAUUAGAGAAUACUUUGCGUUUACAUUCAGCAGAGAAGAGUAUGGUUAAUACUUUAAAAGAAAAUCUAGAAACCUUCAAGACAGAAAAUAAAAAACUUAAAAGUGAAGUUGAAGAACUUGAAAUGAAAUUAAGAAUGUAUUCAAACAAUGAAGGAGUCACGCUAAGAAGAGAUAGUUCAAAACAAAAAUUACAAACUACAUUUGAUCAAAAUCUUGGUGAACAGGAAGAUAAGUGUCAACAACUGAAGAAUAAGAUUCGUGAUUUAGAACUUGACAUAGUGUCGCAGAACGGGAAAAUUGCAACAUUAGAAAUUCAAAUCCAAAGUGAAAACUUUCCCUAUCAGAAAAAAUGUAAAGAAUUAGAGGAAGUCGUCCUUGCGUUUCGUAAUAAGAAUGCUAAGUUAAAUUCUGAAAUAAGGAAACUACAAAAAACUAUGAACGAUGUCAAUGCGUGGGAAUGCGAUAUCUGCAGGCGAUGGCAAGUUAAUAGAAAAGAUCAAGCUUGUCAAACGAUACCUGAUAACGCAAUACGUUUCUGCAGCAGCAAUAGCGGAGUUGUUGAGGACUAUACAAAAAUGCAAAAAUUAUUGAACGAAAAACAAAUGAUGAAAGACUUAUGCCGCUCCCGAGCAAGACUAAUAAAAGAAUUACAAAAUAGAAUAAAGGAACUAGAACAAAUAUAGGGUUUUCUUGUUUCAACAAUGACUUGACGCAAUU